AUGGCGAGGCGAGGCGAGGGCUCGGUUGGGCUGGCUGGUUGGGAGAGGACUCAGCAACGACAGCAACAAGCAAAUGCGGCGGGAGGUGGCAGGACAACGGGCGGGAGUCGCUCGCUGCAGCAGAGGAAUUAUUGUGGGAGCCGGCAGGUUGGUGACGACGUUUGGGAGAAGCAAAGAACGAAAGGAUUGUAUGAUGAGGGCUUGAAGAAGGCCGCGAAAGGAGACGCGCUUGCCGGAAUGGAGCGGUGCCAUCCUGGAAAGGAAGGGCCACCAGAGUCUAGCUGGGCAGGCGCGGGCCACUCUCUGCUGCUGCACCACAGGCACCAUGGCAAGACCAGCACGACGGCACCACCGCGCAACCCACCGCAGCCCACAGCCCACACACGCACACAAACCCUCCGACACCUGCCUGUUCGUGUCUGCCGGCCUGGAGCGGCCAACCCUCCUGCUUGCGGCCUAGCUGCUACACCUGCUGUUACUCUUGUUGCCGCUGCCACGGCCUGCCGCUCAACAACACAACAAUACAACAACAACAACAAUAACAAUAACAAAAACCCCACGACCAAAGCUCCCGGCCCCUACACUCUACUCACGACACGCUACCCGACCUGCCCACUCCUCUCCGCUUCCAGGAACCCGUCAUGGUACCUACUUAGUCGCCCGCCCGCCUACUCUCUCACUGGCUCGCUCAUCUUUUCCCCUCUCGCCUCGUCUUCCGCUGGCUCGCCGUAG